AUGUGUCGGGCGGGUCGUUGCGCGCGGGCCAGCGAGGGCCCCGCCGCCGCUCUUUCGGGGCAGCAGAGCGCGGACAGCGGUCAGUGUAGCACGGACGUGUUUCCGGAGAGCUGCGAGUCGAGGCUUGGCCCCCACUGCGAGGAAACGGGUGCUGUGGGAAUGGAGACCAGGGGGCGCGUUCGACGGCGACUGGGCGCCGUGCGGCAGGGUGGAGGAGGCAACUCAGCUGCUACAGCCACUCAGGGCAACAGCUCGCUCCUGACGCUCCACGACCUCCACCUGGGUCGCGAUGGGCCGCUCGCCCUCAUUCUGUCGCACUACUUGAGCCGUCGGGACCGCGCGAACCUCGCCGCGACCUCGUCCGCCCUCAUGGCGAGAGUAAUGGAGUGCCUCCCUUGUAGCUGGACGUCCGACAGCGCAGGGCGGCAGGUGGCGCGACGCCUGCACGCGCACGCGCCGACGGGGUCGUCGCAGUCGUCCGUCGGGUAUCAGUCCGAGGGCCGGGCCAGGGCACUGCUGCGGUGUCGGUGCGGGUCCGACCCCGACAGCAGUGCCUCCGUCUAUAAACUGGGUGUGUCAUUUGCAUACCCGCGGGGGGCGAUCACGCGAGAGAUGACAGGGCUCGAGGAAAUCCAUAUUAAUUACGGCGCGGGGCACUUGUGGAGCUAUGACUGGCUGCCAGCGCCAGUGCGACCGGCGGUUCGCGUCCUUGACGUUUACCGUACGGAGCUGCCCCGCGUGCCACCGGGUAUGACGGCGCUCACGGAGCUCGGGCUGGAGAUGAUCAACCUGGACGUCGACAGAGAGUGGCUGCCCGUAACGUCGCGGGGUGCGAUCGCAAAGCUGAGCGUGGCUCACAGCAACGUCCGCCGGAUCCCACCUGGGAUGGAUGUGCUGGUCGACUUGAACGUCACAGGGUGCCGGAAGCUGGAGCCGGGCUGCAUGGAUGGAGUAGCAAGCAAGCUGCGGGUCCUGAAAGCCGAGGCAAGCAACGUGGACGGCUUGCUCACGCCCAUGCCCGCGCUGGAGGAGUUCGACGGAUCCGCACUCGCGACGACGCCGGACGUCCUCUCCGUCGCGACGUCUGCGAAGCUCAGGCGGUUGACGCUCCGCCACUGCUACAGCCUCGAGCGUCUUCCUCCCGGCUGCGCUCCGUACCUCGAAGCCCUGGACCUUUCUUGCUGCCAGAAGCUGGCGGACGACUUUCUGGGCCCAAACGCGUUCGCGAACCUGCGCUCGCUGACGCUCGAACGUACGAACGCACGCAGGCUGCCAGCGGGCCUCUGCAGCCUGGAGCACCUCUCGGUCGCACAUUGCCGCGAGCUCGCAGACAGCGAUGGCUGGCUGCCUGAGGACGCAGCACAGCGGGUCCAGACCCUCACGGCUGAGGGAAGCAACCUCACCCGCUUGCCCCCACAAAUGUCUUCUCUCGUCGAUCUGAACAUCGAAGAAUGCAAGAUCGUCGACGACUGGUGCCCGCGCAGCUCCGGAGCAGCGGUCAGGAAUCUCAGCGCGUCCAGCAGCUCGCUGCGGCGCGUGCCUGCGCACAUGACGGCCAUUGAGGACGCAGACCUCACAGGUUGCCGCAAACUCGACGACUGCGGCUUCGAGGACGCCGAUCGCGCGCACUUGUCGAACAUCGUUGCAGCGUGGAGCUCGCUGCGCAGGGUACCGCCCAAUCUGCCCUCCCUUACAGAGCUCAGCCUAGUUGGGUGUCGCCGCAUCGACUUUGAUGGUGACUGGCUGCCGGAAGGGGCGUGCGGGUCCCUCGUGCACCUUCACAUGGAUCAUACAGCCGUGCAGCGCCUCCCGAGGCUUCCGGCGCUCGCGGUGCUCCACGUGAUCGGCUGCCAGCGGCUCGCCGACGAGCCCCUCCUGCAUGCGGACACAGCGCACGUGCUGCGAGAGCUUUGCGCUGACAACAGCAGCCUGAAGCGCGUUCAGCCAGGGCUCGCGGCGCUGGAGCACCUGUCGCUGACACGGUGUCCGCUCGAAGACGACUGGCUGCCCGCGAGCUCCGCGAGGAGCCUGCGGGUGCUGGGUGUUGCGCGCACCGGCGUGCGGCGCGUCCCACCUUUGGGGCCGCACAUCCGCGUGCUCACCGUCGAGGACUGCAGGGAGCUGGCGGAGGACUGGAUCGACGGCGAGACGCUGGGGAGGCUGACGCGUCUCUGCAUCGGCGGGGCCCCGGAGCUGCCUGAGGGGCUGAGAGCACCGGACCUGUGCGUCGUGUCACUGGAGAGAACUGUAGACACGUCGGAUUCAGACGACGACGACGACGACGACGACGACGACGACGACGACGACGACGACGUCGUCGUCGUCGACGUCGACUGGGCAUCGGAGUAG